CAAGCUCAGUAGCAUUGGAGCCCCGCAAAACACACCCCGCACUUCCCCAGAUGCCAAGUGCCGCGUUCAGGGGUCCAAAUAGAUCAAAUGAUCAACGUUAGACCUCCCGCAAGGCGUCCGCAACCCCCCAAACCACCAAAGACCGCUAGAUAUGAGGCAUUCCGCUUUAAACCCGAGAUCAGGCUGCACGCUGAACCUCGCGAUGACGGCAGACGGAUGACGGGAAGCUUCAUGUUUGCGGGGACCCCGCAAUUGAUCCACCGUGCUGAGUCGCGAGCUGGAUCAGAGAAUCAGGGGGAUGCCUGUUGUGCGGACGUGAACACCAGCGUUCUAUUAAUACAGGAAACUCACGAUAUCAGAAUGGGCUCAAGUCCACCAUCACAUCCUCGCUCAUUUGAUACCCUAUUUCCCUUCGGCUCAUAUUUUUAUGCCAAUCCCUCCUCUGUCUUGCAUCUUUGAACCCAUCCUCAACCUUUUCCGUUCCACCAAGACCACCACAUCCACCAUGUCUUCUUGCAACAGCAACAACAAGAACAACAACAAGAUCUGCAUUGUUGGUGCCGGCCCGUCUGGCCUGGCUCUUGGUGCUCUCCUGGAGAAGCAGGGCGGUUGCGACUACGUCAUCUAUGAAAGCAGUGCUGAGGAUGUCCCGCCUCGUGGUGGCUGCCUCGAUCUCCACCCUGGCAGCGGUCAAAGAGCGUUGAAGGACGCUGGUGUCUUCGAAGAGUUCAAGAAGUACGCCCGCUACGGCGAUGCCACCAUCCAUCGCCUCUUCAGCCACAAGGGCGAGAAUUUCUUCGACUUUGGUGAGGGCCGUGAUGCCCCUGAGAUCGACCGCUGGGCUCUCAGAAAGGUCCUCCUCAGUGGCAUCCCCAAGGAGAAGAUUCACUGGAAGAAGCCAGUUGUCAGCACCACCCGGGACGAGAACAAGCAGAUCGUUCUCAAUUUCGCUGAUGGAACCACUGCUUCGGGGUUCGGUCUUGUAGUCGGCGCCGAUGGUACCUGGUCCAAGGUGCGGCAUUUGGUAACCGACGCAAAGCCACAAUACAGCGGCAAUCUGUUCGUCACCACCAAGAUCCUCCCUGGCGGUCCAUACUACGAAAAGAUGAAGGAGCUCUGCCGCAUGGGGUCCAUGAUCGUCAUGGGCAAGGGUGUCCACAUGUUCAACAGCAGACAAGGCGACGGGCACUACCGUGUCGACGUCGGCAUUCCCGGCCCCGAAAACUUUGCCGACGCCGGUCUCGUCGACAUCAAGGACUGGGACGCGUUCAAGAAGUACCUUUUGGGAGAUGACCUCUUUGGUCCUUACUCGGAUGAGAUGAAGGAGAUCAUCAAUCAAAGUCAGGGUCCCUUCAGACCUUGGAUCAUGUACUACUUCCCCACGGAAAGUCUCAACUGGAAGACUGUCCCGGGUGUGACGUUGAUUGGCGAUGCUGCUCAUGUCACGACACCAUUCGUUGGUGAUGGUGUCAACUGCGCCAUGAGAGAUGCGAUCAUCCUUGCUGGAAAGUUGAAGGAACUGGGCGUCAACGAGGAGGCUGUUGCUGCCUAUGAGAGGGAGAUGUUCCCCUUCGCUAUUGAUGUUAUCACGAGAAGUCUUCAGAGCCAGAAGAUGUUCUUUGAGAAGGAGGCUCCCAAGACCUUCAUUGAGGUCAUGAGCUCUGGGAAGCCCUUGAUUGGCACGACUGACCAUAUCUGAAUACAAUUUCUGUCUUACAAUAUCUUUGCUACUCUUUCCA